UCUUAGGCGAGCCGCGGUCGCCGCUUCUUCCUAGGCGGGACGGGAUCAGGGUACACCUGUGAGGCUCCUCGUACGUUGCUUUGAUGCCGACCAUCGUAUCGGCAGGGCGGCAUUUGGUGCUUCUUAGCCUCUGCCAUUCUUGGAGCUGUGCUGCUCCCGCGCUCCCCCAGCUCUGCCCGCCUGCUUCUUGCUCACACCUCUCCUUGCUCCUAAUUAACCGCCUCCCGCUAGACUGUGACAGGCGCCUUCUUUCCCCCCCUCCCCCGCCCUUACGCGCGAAGCGCGCCUCACCGCGCAAUCCUAUACAUGCCUAGCGAGCAGUAAGACCCACAGAGACUUACGCCCAGGAAAGUGUGUCUAGGAUUGCGUCCAAGGCCAUCCCUGCAUGGCUCCUGCGACCACCGCAUGGCAGGUAUAGGAACAUGCGCCCGCGAAACCCGAAGCUGCCGGCAACGCGUUAGCCUCGUAGGCGCAGUGGAGAAGCGGCGGGUCUGGGAGUGACUUCAUCGCUGGCCCAGCUGCAGCCUGGAAUGUUUCCACGCCAUAAUAAACUCCUGCUUAACUUGUUUUCAGGUACAGGCCAGAGGGCAGACAAGGCGAGCACGGUGGUUUCUGCAGAUAUCCCAUUGAUUGAAGAUGACACUAUGGAUUACACUAUUACUAUUAACCUAUCUGGGGUGUAUACAAGGAGAAUUUUUCACUUCUAUAGGCCAGAUGACAGACCUGAUUUAUGCAGAAAAAGAUCUGGUACAGUCAUUAAAAGCAUAUAUUCAAGAGGAAGAAUCCAAGCUUGCUAAAAUAAAAAGCUGGGCUGAGACAAUGGAAUCCUUAACUGUCAAAUCCUCCUCCGAUCCAGAAGGUUAUCUUGCUCAUCCUGUCAAUGCCUAUAAACUAGUGAAGCGCCUCAACAAAGAAUGGCUAGAGCUGGAGAAUCUAGUUCUUGAGGACACAACCAAAGGCUUUAUUUCAAAUCUGACACUUCAGCGUCAGUUUUUCCCAAAUGAAGAAGAUGAGACUGGAGCUGCCAAAGCAUUAAUGCGUUUGCAGGACACAUACAAGCUGGACCCUGAAACAAUAUCAAAAGGAGAAUUUCCAGGCACAAAGUACCGAUCUGCCCUGAGUGUGGAUGACUGUUUUGGUAUGGGGAAAACAGCUUAUAAUGAUGGAGAUUUUUAUCACACAGUGCUGUGGAUGCAGCAAGCACUGAAACAGCAUGAUAAUGGUGAAGAGGCAACCAUCACUAAAGCUGAGGUCUUGGAUUACCUCAGCUAUGCCGUUUUUCAGCUUGGGGAUUUACACAGAGCAAUGGAACUUACAAGACGAUUGGUCAUCCUAGAGCCAAGUCACGAGAGAGCAGGCAGCAACAUGCAGUACUUUGAGAAGCUGCUGGAGAGCGAAAAAGAAACAAACCAAUUCAAUAAAACAUCAGGCACAAGUGAGCCCAAAACGUACAGUGGCAUUUACGAAAGGCCUCAGGACUACCUGCCAGAGCGCGAAACCUAUGAGGCCCUUUGCAGAGGGGAAGGUGUGAAACUGACGCCUCGAAGACAGAAGAGGUUGUUUUGCAGAUACCACAAUGGAAAUCGAAAUCCCUACUUAAUUAUAGCACCUUUUAAAGAAGAAGAUGAAUGGGACAGCCCACACAUUGUCAGAUAUUAUGAAGUCUUAUCUGAUGAGGAAAUAGAAAAGAUUAAGGAGUUGGCUAAACCAAAAUUGGCAAGAGCUACAGUCCGGGACCCCAAAACAGGUGUUUUAACAGUAGCCAACUAUCGGGUUUCUAAAAGUUCAUGGCUGGAAGAAGAGGAUGACCUGGUUGUUGCCAAAGUAAAUCAUCGAAUGGAGCAGAUUACAGGAUUAACUACCAAAACAGCUGAAUUAUUGCAGGUUGCUAAUUAUGGCAUGGGAGGACAAUAUGAGCCACAUUUUGACUUCUCGAGGCGACCCUUUGACAGCACGCUCAAAACGGAAGGAAAUAGGCUAGCAACAUUUCUUAACUAUAUGAGUGAUGUUGAAGCAGGAGGUGCAACAGUUUUCCCAGAUUUUGGAGCUGCAAUUUGGCCCAAAAAGGGGACUGCAGUUUUCUGGUAUAACCUCUUCCGAAGCGGAGAAGGUGAUUACCGAACGAGACAUGCAGCAUGUCCAGUGUUAGUAGGCUGUAAGUGGGUAUCAAACAAAUGGUUUCAUGAAAGAGGGAAUGAAUUUUUAAGACCAUGUGGUACAACAGAAGUGGACUGAAACCAGCCCAACCAUUUUUUUUUUU